AUGAACGAGUUCCCCUCAUCGUCACUCAGCGAUUCGCUGAACAGCUUUCUACAGACACAGGCGUCUAUAGGAAUGUACGACCCAUCGUUGUUAAGUGGCAAUUUGGCGAUUGGGUUGAGUGAAGAGACAUGCGCCGUGUGUGGCGAUCAAGCCGAUGGAUUUCACUACGGUGUUCGGUCGUGCAGAGGUUGUAACGCUUUUUUCCGCCGUGCCAUCACUCACAGCAUGAAUUUUGUUUGUCGACGAGGAGGGAAUUGCCCUGUAGACAAAGGUGCCCGAUGUGCUUGUCGAGCGUGUCGUCUACAAAAGUGUCGUCAAGUAGGAAUGGAUUCAAGAGAGAACGCUAAGAAAACUAAGAAAACUAAGAAUUCAGCCGUCCAACCAAAACGAGAAGGAAACGGGCUGAUGGCAGGGGUGAAAAACGAGAUUUCCGAACCGUCAUUUUCUGCUGCAACUAACGAGAUCAACUCAACAGUGGAUAUGAUCUUGCCUGAAGUUCCGCCAUCUCCACCGCCAAAUGCUUCUCGUCUGGUUCGAAGCGUUUUCGAUUUUGCCGAGCAAAGGAAAAGAAGACAAGCAAUUAUGUGCACAACACUUGAACAAGUUUUAUCGCCCGAACAAAACACAUUGCGCGGGAUUGCAAGCCCUGAUGAUUUGUCGUCGAUCUUCCGAGCACAAAUCGUUCUUUGUUUUGAAUGGGCGAACAAACAGACCGAAUUCAAGCUUUUGGAUAGAGCUGAUAAAUUACGUCUGCUACGAUCGCACAUCUUCGAAUAUAUUCUUUUGGAUGACGUCUUUCACACAGUUCAAUUGGGAGUCACCGAUCGACUUGUGCUUGUCAACAACACUUUUUUGGCACCUAGAUCUUUCUACAUGGGUUCUGAUGCACAAAAAUUUGGCGCCGAUGUGAUACAAAGUAUGGCCGGGGAAUGGGUGGGAAACAUCAUUCAACAUUGUGUCGUUCCGUGGUUUAAUAUGAAAGUCUCCGAGAUUGAAAUGCUCACUGUUAGACUUUAUGCUUUCUACAACCAGGCGGAACGUUUAAUGUUUCCUGAAUCACAGCAAAUCGCUCGAGAUGCUUUGAAUACAGCGAUCAAAGAAUACAUGUCGUAUUAUGUGGAUGAAUGUGGAGGAACACGGGAGGACUGUUCGACAAGGCUGCGAAUGCUAUUCGAAAUUUUACCAAGGAUUCGGGAAGGAGUUAACUAUCUCUAUCAAACCGUUCGCAACAUUCCUAAUUUUGGUCUACUCGAUCACUGGGAGCGGCAUUUAAACGAGAAAAUCUUCAAGAUG